GUCCGGGUUGCGUGCUGGAUAUUGACAUCUCCGAGCAACUUAGACAAGUAAGUCAACACUUACCAUUUUACACAUAGCAGUCAACAAACACUCUCUACUACACACACAACACCAGACUCAUCAGUCUACAAUUCACAUUUAUCAGACUUAACACAUUACACAGGAAAAAAAACACACACAACGUAUUGUUGACUAGCAUCUUAUAAAUACUUCGAGUUAUAAAGGGGUUAAAUUUCAAAUAAUAAAACUGAGAUAAUUACUAUAAAGACGAUAACAAAAUAUGAUGAUAAGAACAAUAAACAAAGUAUAGUUAUAAAAGAAAUUGCAUCUUUGUAAAUUUGUGAAAUUAUUUUGAGUUAAAUGUAACAAUUACAAAGCCACAUAGAAAAAAAAUGGUUUAACUAAGACGAUGCAUUAGAACAGAUUAUAACAAAUUUAAUUUGGGUAUCUUUAAACUGCUUUGAUGGAUGUAAAAAAUGUUAAGGGGGAAAUAACCUCGCUUCACAUAGUAAAAACAACACCCAAUUAAAAUCUUAAAAAGUAUCACGUUCUUUAAUUUUGAAAGAAAAAGAGUGCGCUUUAUGAAAAGAAGUAUCACUUUCUCUUAGAUUAUUACUGGCGAAAUUGUGAUUCAUGUAAAGAAUUAUAAGUUUCAUGUUUUUUUAAUGAAAUAAUUGUGAUUUAAUAAAAAAUAUCACUUUCUCAUAAUCUGAACUGACAGCAUUGCGAUUCCUGAAUUCAUGGGAAAAGGUGUCAUGGCAUUUUGUCAUAUUUUUAUGAAAUGAGUAAAACAAAGUAGGGUUAAACCUGAAAAAAAAGGAACGCAACAAAACAACGAACGAAUAGACAGGAAGCCUUCGUCAGCGAAGAAAACAACAGAAAAAAGUAUAAAAAUUUUAACAAAGCACUAAGCUUAGAAGUAAUAUCCGUGGGCAGCCAAUGAAUUCUACACUGAAUUCUGAAUGAAAAAGUCAUUAGCUGCCCACGGAUACUACUUUUAAGCUAAGUGCUCCUUUUUUUAAUACAAUUUUGAAGUUGUUUUUGUUCGCUGACGAAGGCUUCCUGCCGACACGUUCGUUGUUUUGUUUGCGUUCCUUUUUCAGGUUUAGCCCUACUUUGUUUUAAUCAUUUUAUAUUGUGCUAACCUGAUUGCAGUCUCUCCCCUUAUUUCCUUGUCAUAUGUUUAAUAGACAGAAUUUCGAUUAUUGUAAAGAAUUAUACAUUUCUUAAAAAUUUUUGAUGACAGAGUAGCGGGUCAUGUUUAGAAAUAUCUUUAUUUUUUUUUACUUUCUUAUUUAGCGAAGUUACAAAUAAUGUGCAGAACAAUCAUAUCUGAGUAUCUUUCCCGACAGCAAGGCGAUUCAUGUGAAGAACACCUGGACCAAGAGAUGCAAUGUUGUCGUGUUCAUCAGCUCUGAGAGAAAUGACAGCUUUCCUACCAUAGGAGUUAAUGCUAGUGAAGGGAGGCAACAUCUCACUGCGAAAACAAUGCAGGUGACCUAAUGUUACAGCAGUAUCCUCUCCUUUAAAUUUUGCUUUGCGUUUAUUUACCUUUUUAAAUUCCCUGAAAUUGGUUUGAAAGCUUCAGAUUCGUCUAUUAUUUUUUAUACUGUCACAGACGUCAUAAAGACCCCCCACAACAUGUACAUCCAGUAGACCUCACACUUUGCUGACAUUCCGUCGACUAUUCUUCCCCGCGUUACACCCCACAGCCCCAACUCAAAUUAAAAAAAACGGACAAAGGGCGAUGAGAAUGUACUAAGAAAAAACACCAAAAAUUUAAAGGCUUUGCUAUGUUAAUCAUCAAAUAAAAUGAAACCUAUUUAGAUUGUUAAGAUGGUGGUAAUUUGGGGUCUCUAUAAAACUAAAUAAAUUUAUUGAAUCAAAUUUUCCAUUUUAUAAAUACACUACUCAAUCAUAGUCUCUAUUUAAGAUAGUUUAUGUGAGGACUUCAGUUAUAUUCUCUAUUUAAGAUUGUUUAUGAGGACUUCAGUUAUAGUUUUGUAGGCUUACGUGUAAUAGUUAUCCAUCAUUGAAUUGUCUUUUAAUAUCCCAGGCACUGAUUGAGUGGCUCUAAUCUUGCUUUGAAAUUAUUUUAACCGAUUUUCUUCAUCAUCGAUUUUACUUCGAUUUUUUUUUUUUUUUUUUUUUUUUUUUUUUUUUUUUUUUUUUUUUUUUUUUUUUUUUUUUUUUUUUUUUUUUUUUUUUUUUUUUUUUUUUUUUUUUUUUUUUUGUGGUUCAAAUACGAGUGGCCCAUCGACAGAAAAAUCGAUUGAUGUCACAAAAGCGUUCAGAAUUCGUUCAUUGAUGUUCAUCACAAUCAUAAUCAUCAUUUCUCUUAGUCCUGGGACCGUUAGGGCGCCACAGAUGACACAAAAACUAUCCUCUUUCAUUCCUCUCUGCACUUCGCAGAGCAUCGCCUAGUUUUAGUCCCUUCCACUCUUUGAUGUUAUCUGCCCAUCAUUUUUCCGUCUUCCUCUUCUUCUCCCUCCUCUUGUUGUGCCCUGCAUGAUUUCUUUGGUGAGCCCGUGUUGUACUGUCACGUGGCAAUACUAUCCCAGUUUUCACUUUUUUACAGUUACCAGGAGGUCAUCAUAUUGCCCAAUUGCGUGACGAAACCUUUCUUUCACUUGUUCUUUAGAGAUAUGGUCUCUAAAGCAGAUUCCAAGAAACAUCUCAUCUCCAUCGCCUUUAUUUUCCUUUCAAGUUCUGCUAUUAAUGUCCAAGGCUCACAGGCAUACGAGAAAAUGGAGAGGACUAAUAAGCGCAUCAGCCUGAUUUUGGUGCCCAAUUCUUUACUUUUGUGAUUCCACAUUUUCUUAAGCCUCUCUAGUGCUGUUUUUCAUGUUACUCGAACAUUUAGCGCCAGGUUGAUACAGUUUUGUAAAAUUAUUUGAUAAAAAGAAAAGCAAUAAUUUUAUAUUACUGCCACUGUUAUAAAAACAGAGAUGUUUACGGGCUCACACAGUGUUUGAUACAUUUGAAACGAUCACAGUACUCGAAACAAGAAGUGUAUCAAUUUCACAGAAAUAAAAUAUAUCCACCGAAUCACCCGACGACCCAUGUCACAAAUUCCUUAAUAGUUUUAAAACAUUUCUUACACCUUAACAUAUUAUGUACAGAAUAUUGAUCCACGAUCUCCGAUUUUUUAUCUUGGCUGUUUUUCUAAAACUGUUUCUCUAACGUGACCCAUUCAAACACUCUGAUCACUCAGUCUAAAACGGAUGCUUAUCACAUUACCCAAUCAAAACCUCUGAUUGGUCAUUCCAAAACUGUUGCUCUCACAUGACCCAAUCAACACCUCUGAUUGGUCAUUCCAAAACUGUUGCUCUCAAUUGACCCAAUCAAACUAUCUGAUUGGUCAUUCCAAAACUGUUGCUCUCACUUGACCCAAUCAAACUAUCUGAUUGGUCAUUCCAAAACUGUUGCUCUCACAUGACCCAAUCAAACCUUCUGAUUGGCUUUUCUAUAUAUGUUCAGAGAAUUUUUCUUUGAGUUUAGGUAUUUUUUCUAUUUCCGGAUAAUUGUUCAUUAGACAAUAAAUUCGUAUCCUUAAGAAUGUGUUCCUAUCUUGUUGCAAUAUAUAUGUCCCAAUUCUUUGCAUGCACGGGGAAUAUUAAUUAUAUCAGUUGUCUCCCAUUAGUAAUUUACAAAUUUACAAUGAGCACCGUGACAAUUAUCUAUUACGUAACAAAAUGUAUAACACAUAUUACAUGUAAAAGAAACAAUAAUCUCUUAGCAAAAUUUAAAUCUCCCUCCUCCUAAACGACAUCUUCUCCAACAGGCCUUCAAAUAUCUUUAUGACCGCCAUUUUGAUGACGCAGACUGGUUCCUCAAAGCGGACGACGACACCUACGUCAUCAUGGAAAACCUCCGCUACUUCCUGUCAGGUGAAGACACCGAAAAACCGGUGUACUUUGGGCAGCGUUACAGACUAUUCGUCAAACAGGGCUACGCCGCUGGCGGGCCGGGAUACGUCAUCAGCAAAGAGGCCCUAAGGAGGUAUGGGCAGAGGGGUUCUCAAAAUGACUCCCUGUGUAAAAAAGAGUCUAAAAACGAGGAUGUGGCAUUCGGAUGGUGUCUAGAAAACCUGGGGGUCAUCUUAAAGCCAAGCCUGGACGCACAGAACGGGACACGCUUUCACAAUUGGACGCCACAGAACUACCUCAGGGGCCAGUUCCCCAAAAAUUUCUUCGACUACGAUUUUGAGAAUGGGAGAGCGGUAAGUGUUUUUGAGUGCAUGUCUGAACCGUGCUGCGGAUUUUGGACGCCUUCCACUUAAAAGCUUCUGACUCUCUCUCUGAGUAAUGUCUAUCUUUUGAAAAACAAAGACAACUUUAAAACAUUAUGCAAUCAGAUCAUCUUCAUAUUGUUACCAGUGGCUUUUUUAACUGUUAAGAAGGCUAAAUUGAAUUUUUAAUAAAACUCAACUAUAAAACUCAACUAUAAAACUCAACUAUAAAACUCAACUAUAAAACUCAACUGUAAAACUCAACUAUAAAACUCAACUAUAAAACUCAACUGUAAAACUCAACUAUAAAAAUCAACUAUAAAACUCAACUAUAAAACUCAACUAUAAAACUCAACUAUAAAACUCAACUAUAAAACUCAACUAUAAACUCAACUAUAAAACUCAACUAUAAAACUCAACUAUAAAACUCAACUAUUAAACUCAACUAUAAAACUCAACUAUAAAACUCAACUAUAAAACUCAACUGUAAAACUCAACUGUAAAACUCAACUAUAAAACUCAACUGUAAAACUCAACUGUAAAACGCAACUAUAAAACUCAACUAUAAAACUUAACUAUUAAACUCAACUAUUAAACUCAACUAUAAAACUCAACUAUAAAACUCAACUAUAAAACUCAACUAUAAAACUCAACUUUUAAACUCAACUAUAAAACUCAACUAUAAAACUCAACUAUAAAACUCAACUAUAAAACUCAACUAUAAAACUCAACUAUAAAACUCAACUAUUAAACUCAACUAUAAAACUCAACUAUAAAACUCAACUAUAAAACUCAACUAUAAAACUCAACUAUAAAACUCAACUAUAAAACUCAACUAUAAAACUCAACUAUAAAACUCAACUAUAAAACUCAACUAUAAAACUCAACUAUAAAACUCAACUAUAAAACUCAACAAUAAAACUCAACUAUAAAACUCAACUAUAAAACUCAACUAUAAAACUCAACUAUAAAACUCAACUAUAAAACUCAACUAUAAAACUCAACUAUAAAACUCAACUAUAAAACUCAACUAUAAAACUCAACUAUAAAACUCAACUAUAAAACUCAACUAGCUCAAAGAUCCUAUCUUAUCUUGCCCAAAGACCCUCUCCUUUCUUGCUCAAAGGCCCUAUCCUAUCUUGCUCAAAGGCCCUAUCCUAUCUUGCCCAAAGGCCCUUCAUAUCUUGCCCAAAGACCCUAUCCUAUCUUGCUCAAAGAUCCUAUCCUAUCUUGCCCAAAGGCCCUAUCCUAUCUUGCCCAAAGGCCCUAUCCUAUCUUGCUCAAAGGCCCUAUCCUAUCUUGCUCAAAGGCCCUAUCAUAUCUUGCUCAAAGGCCCUAUCCUAUCGUGCUCAAAGAUCCUAUCCUAUCUUGCUCAAAGGCCCUAUCCUAUCUUGCUCAAAGACCCUUCAUAUCUUGCUCAAAGACCCUUCAUAUCUUGCUCAAAGACCCUUCAUAUCUUGCUCAAAGACCCUAUCCUAUCUUGCUCAAAGACCUUAUCCUAUCUUGCUCAAAGGCCCUAUCCUAUCUUGCCCAAAGACCCUUCAUAUCUUGCCCAAAGACCCUUCUUAUCUUCCUCAAUGAUAGUCGAAUAAUGUUUAUCUGUUUUUUAUUUCAUAAAUAUUAGUUGAUAAUUACAUUGAUACUACUGACAUUUAUACUACUCUGAAUUCUGUUAUUAUUUAAGAAACAAAAUAGUUUUGAAAAAAAAAAUGCAAGAUUGGAGAGAUGACCUACUUUAACGUGAUGACCUACAGAAUGCACUAAACUGGCUAUACCUUCUGGGUAAAAAUGUAUUUGCGUUUUCGCUUUGUUCCCUGCACAUCUUGGCCAUAUAUUUCAACUUGAUAUAUUUCGGAAUCGGUCGACGAUCCGGCACGAUUUUCAAGCUUGAAACAUGCUUUGACUGUGACCAUAAGCGUUGCAGAGAUCUCCGGCUCCCUGUGUUAGCGCUCAUAGGUUGAAACAAUCAACUACCAAACAACAAUCGUAGCCGACACCGCUCAAUAUCAUGGAGUUUUCUUUUCUUUUUCUUUUUCUUUUUUUAGUGGUCUUCAAACAUUACAUGGAUUGUUGAGAAAGUUUGCUGGACAGGUGAUGUGGGCCACAGUAUGAUAGAAAUGGAGAAGGUAAAAAAGCCUUGAACUUGAGGCACUGGGCCAAUACGCUGCCGACUGGGAACCACUUGCCACCUCGAUGGCUGACCCUGAGGUGGUAACACUAAUACGUCAUUCAAAUCUCUCUCUAUUUCCCUCCUACUAUCUCUCUCCCUCUCUCUCUAUUUACAUCUCGUUCUUUCUCUCUCCCUCUCUCUCUCUAUCUCUCUCUCUUUCUAUCUCUAUCCCACACACACACACACACACUCACUUUCUUUCAGAUCUCUAAACUUCAUAUUUACCCCAUCUACACACGCUUUUCUCUAUAUUUUCUCACUCUGUCUCACUCAUCUCUUUUUAACUCUGUCUCACUCAGAUCUAUAAAACUCAACUAUAAAACUCAACUAUAAAACUCAACUAUAAACUCAACUAUAAAACUCAACUAUAAAACUCAACUAUAAAACUCAACUAUAAAACUCAACUAUAAAACUCAACUAUAAAACUCAACUAUAAAACUCAAAUGGUCGUAAUCCUUACAUCUGAAUUAUUUUGUCUUAAGUUUUAUUAUUUUUAAAAAAAAUUACGGUUUUAAAACGUCAUUUUCAUUAAUGGUUUUUUUUAAUUGAAGCGUCAUUACUUUAUUAAUUUGUACAAAAACUUUUUUUUAUGAUCCGGUAGGUCAAAUCAAAUGUUACAGGUUCCUGGUCCCGAUAUGAAGUGGAAUGGUAUUUCACAGCAGGCGCCGAAAUAAAUGGACACAUCUUAAAGAAGAUGGUCCCCAAAAGAAUUAUUAGUUACAAAUAAUUAUUAUUAUUUUUUGUUAAUAAUUAGAAAACAUUUUAAGAGACGAAUUUUCAAUGAUUGUAUUAGAAACACACCACGAAGACUUUAGCUUAUUACCUUAUAUCCUCAUAUCCUCUUAUCCUCAUAUCCUCAUAUCUAUAGGAACAAUUUUUUAUGGAAAAAAAAAAUAUAGGCUUUUUGAAAAUAGCAAGCAAAAGCUGUACCUAGAGGGUUUGGAGUCGGCGUAAAGAAAAUUCAAAUCUGCCUAACAUUUGAACAAUUGAAACUCAUUAAUCAUCGAUAAACUUUAUUCAAAGCCCAUUUUGCUCUAUGAUAAGCCCACCAGUGCAUUCUUCCUCAACAACAACAUCGGAGAAUGGUUCAAGAUCACUGUUGGAGUACGACAAGUCUGCCUGCUCUCACCCACUCCAUUCAACAUCUUCCUAGAGAUAAUUAUGUCAAAUGCUCUGGAAGCGCAUGAAGGGACAGUCAGCAUUGGUGACAGAACAAUCACCAACCUACGCUUGGCGGACGACAUAGACGUGCUGGCUGGAAACGAAGAAGAGCUAGCAAACCUGGUAAAACUUCUUGACAAGACCUCGUCGUCCUACGGCAUGCUAAUCAGUGCCGAAAAGACAAAACUGAUGACAAAUAAUACCACAGGCAUCACCACUGAAAUUAAGGUCGGGGAGGAAAGAUAAGAGACUGUAGGCUGCUUCAAAUACCUAGGAACAAUAGUCUCAGAAGAAGGCUCCAAUCUUGAACUGAUGUCUAGGAUUGCGCAGACUAUAACAGCACUAAAAAACCUCAAGAAAAUAUGGAAUUACAAAAAUAUAGCCCACAGCACCAAAAUCAGGCUGAUGCGCUCAUUAGUCUUCUCCAUUUUCCUGUAUGCCUGCGAAUCCUGGACAUUAACAGCCGAUCUUGAAAGAAAAAUAAAGGCGAUGGAGAUGAGAUGCUUCAGAAGCAUUUUUGGCAUCUGCUAUAGGGACCAUAUCUCCAAUGAUACAGUGAAAGAAAGGGUUUGUCAGGCCAUUGGGCAGUACGAUGACCUACUGAUGACUGUGAAAAAAACGCAAAUUACAAAAACUUGUAAAAAGGAAACAAGGGCUUGCCAAAGAAAUAUUUCAGGGCACCACAAGAGGAGGGAGAAGAAGAGGAAGACAAAGAAAAAGGUGGGAGGAUAACAUCAAAGAGUGGACAGGACUAACACUGGGCGAUGCAGUGCGUAGUCUUGAAGACAGAGAGGAAUGGAGGAGGAUGGUUCACAUGUCAUCUGUGGCGCCCCAACGGUCCAAGGACUAAGGCACAUGAGGAUGUGGAGGAUGAGGAGAAUUUUGCACAUUAGUAGUCUAGCAAAUAGGAAACAACUGCGCCCACCACCCCCACCGAUUUCGCUUCGUCACUGCCUCUGAUAGUACCACCCGAAAUUUUCAUUACAAACAAGAGUUAAUGUUUUAGUCAAAUUAAUUACUUUCAAAUUAUUUGAGAUGCCAGCAUUAAAAUCACAUCAUUUGUUCAGACUUUGAAAUCACAUCAUUUGUUCAGACUUUGAAAUCACAUCAUGUGUUCAGACUGUCAAAUCACAUCAUGUGUUCAGACUGUCAAAUCACAUCAUUUGUUCACUCUUUCAAUUAAUUUAGACGUUAUCGUUCAUUUUCUUUUCGACACAUCGUUAUAAUAAUUUUUUCUCCGCUCUCCACAGGGUGUUGAAAAUAUCAGCGACUACGCCAUUUCCUUCCACUACGUUUCUCCGACUCAAAUGUACGACCUGGAGUUUUUCAUCUAUCACUUACGCCCAUACGGUAUACUCAACAUGCCACAGAAGCUUAACGUCGUCACGUGACAUCCCUAUCAUUUUAAGCAUCCUGUAGUUUUGGUUUACUGUGCAACAGGAAAUGUCAAUCGUGCUGGUUUCCAUGUGGAUACUUAAAACCAAAUACAAGUGCAAUGAUAUUAUACAGAUUAUACUAUACUCGAGUUACCAUAAUGCAGAAUUGAAUGCCAUAAGAGCUUUUC